AUGAGAGAUCAGAUAGUUGGAGCUGUACCAGGUUUAAAAGAGAAGCUUGGAGACAACCUUGAAGAGGACAACGACGAUGUAGAAUCAACAAAUUUUCUCGAAGUUGACGACAAAGAAGAGGAGGAUCACAGCGCCAGUGAUGAAACCACAACACGUCACGCGGUCAAGAAAAUCGCUUUAAAAAUUCAUUGGGAAACAGUUCAUGUCGGUGAAGAUACCCGUCAAAAAUUGGCGGCCGAAAACAGUCGCGAUGACCUCGAAACGGUCGCCGGUAAAAAAGGCUUAUCCACCAGACAAUAUUUCAAGUGCACACUUUGCGGCAAACGCUACCAGUCAUUAAACAGUUUAAACAGACAUAUACCUAUUUGCAAAAGAACUUCUGUCAUCGAAUUAUUUGUGCCAAACUUGGAGCACGAUAAAGACAAAGACGGUGUUGUAGAAUUUGUCGAUGUUGGUGCUCUCGACGUAGAAGUGGUGGUGGGGGUAGUAGAAGGAGAGGGUAAAGGAGAAGAAGUGGAUUUAGGUUUAGGAAAAGAUCCAGAGAAAACAGGUUGCGGUGAAAGAUUUGAGUGUAGUACGUGUCGGAAAAAGUUCAAAUUGAGGAUACAACUGGUAAAGCAUGAGAGGUCUUGUCAUAGAGAAGAGGUUGCAAUAGAAAGCAGAGAGAAGAGACAAACAGCGGGAGAAGAUGAACAAGCUUUGAUAGCCAAACAUAUAGAAUAUGUCAAGAUAAACUCACACUGUUGUAGGCACUGUAACUUCCGCUCGUCCGAAAGAGAGGAUAUCGUUCAACACAACAAGACAAGCGAUUGUAAGAAAAUUGCACCCGCAGUUGAGGGAGUGUAUGCAUGUAGAAAGUGUGAUUUCAGUUCGCGUAGUAGGGAAGAUCUAGAGGAACACUUGUUGGUCAACUUUUGCAAGCGGUUUGCGUGCGUCGUGUGCGGCUCGCGAUUCAGGAAACGUGUGCAGCUGAUCAUUCACUACGGUUAUCACACGGGUGUCGAGUACAAGUGCCCGGUUUGUGAUAAGGGUUUCUACAAGCUGGACAGCAUGAAAGUCCACCAGAGACUGCACACGAAACGAUUCGCAACUAGUUCGCUUCUGCGAGUGCAUGAACGGAUCCACACCGGGUACAAGCCGUACGAGUGCGCCUACUGCGAUCGAUCGUUUACUGGCAAAACUAGCCGGGACCGUCACCAGAGGAUUCACACCGGGGAGAAGCCGUUCGCGUGUAAAUAUUGCGGCAAACCGUACUCGGAAAACAGUUAUUGUGUGAGGCAUGAGCGGAAAUGCAAUGCGACCCAUCCUUACGAACACAAACAAGGUGGGCGUGUCUCGAAUCAGGUGAAUGUUCCAGUCAGAAAGGAAUUAAACGAGCAAUGUGGGCGUGUUUUGAAUCCUUCAAAUGUUCCAAUCAGGAAAGAAGUGAAUAAUCAAGGAGGGCGUGUUUUGAAUCGGUUAAAUGCUCCAGUAAGGAAUCAAGUUGUAAGUAACGUUAGAGAUGUGCGUAAGGAAAGAGGUGGAGAUACAGCUGAAUCAACUAGCAACGAAUUGGAACUGCAACAUUCUGAUGAUGUCAAGCUUGUACCAGAAAUCGAGGAACUGUUCAAAUGUAUAUCAUGUUUUGAAGAGUUCAACACCCUAGCCCAACUGGUUGACCAUGAGAGAGAUGAACACUACAAAUGUAAAACUUGUGGCAAAUCAUACUCCGAUAUGGAGUUUCUGUUGCUUCAUGAAAAACUACACCCUUUUGUAAGAGAUACUGACAAAUUACACCCUUUUGUAACAGAUGAUGACGAAUUUGAAACAAGCUCUGUGCCCGACAACCCGUUCCCUGAUGAAGAAGAAUUUGAAACGAGUUUUGUGACCGACAACCCGUUCCCUGAUGAAGAAUUUGAAACAAGUUCUGUGCCCGACAAACCGUUACCUAAUGGAGAUCGUUUGUCGCAGUCAAUUCCGAAAAACGGAGAGAGAAAAAAUUGUAAGGACUCGAGUCAAAAUCGAAUCGAAUGCAACACGUGUAAGCGAAUGUUUAGUGAUAUGAGUAUUCUGGCGCGUCAUCAGUUGAGUCACUUUCGGGUGCUCGUUGAGAUGUGUGGUACAGAUCUUAUUGAUGGAGAGGAUAGCGUACAGGUUAAGGAGGAAACUAUAAGUAACCUGAUAUUGAGCUUCAUGAUAUUGAUAUUGAUAUAUCUAUGA